CCGGCGGCCCUGUGCGCCCCGGCCAGCCCCCGGCCGGCAGGGCAGGAGGCCGGCGCGGAGGAGGAGGCCGGCGCGGAGGCGGAGGCGGGUCCCGGGCGCCCCGGAGGGCUCCGCGCCGGGCAGGUGCUGACGGGCUCCGCAGGACCGACCGAGCGACCGGAGGACCGACCGAGCGACCGACCGGCGGACCCAAGCGUCCUCGGGCCCCCGGGCCCCGCAGGCCAAGGUGGAUGCGGGGGCGGCCGGACCCGGGCCCGGGCCUCGCGGGGAGCCCCCGGAGCCGACAUGGGGGCUUCUGCCGCCAGCGACCCCCGCCUCUCCUCCCCCACCUCCUCCUCCUCGUCCAGUACAGCCCCAGCAGCAGCAGAGUGCUGGCCGCCCCCCGCCCGGCCCAGACCCGCGGGGGUCGCCGUCGCCUUCCUCCUGCUCUUCUUCCUUGGCACCACUAAGGCCCAGCUGGACCAGCAGACUCCCGAACUGGACAACAUGAAUCUCAUCGGCACCUACCAGCACGUGGACCGUGCCACUGGCUAUGUGCUGACCUGUGACAAGUGCCCCGCGGGCACCUUCGUGUCCGAGCACUGUACCAACUCCUCCCUGCGGGUCUGCAGCAGCUGCCCACCGGGGACCUUCACCCGGCAUGAGAACGGCAUAGAGAAGUGUCACGACUGCACUAAGCCCUGCGAGCCGCCCAUGGCGGAGAAAUCCUCCUGCACUGCCUUGAAUGACCGUGUGUGCGCUUGCCCACCGGGCAUGUUCCUGGCCAAUGACACCUGUGUCCCCCACUCGGUGUGUCCCACCGGCUGGGGCGUCCGGAAGAAAGGGACGGAGACCGAGGACGUGAGGUGCAGGCCGUGCGGGCGAGGGACCUUUUCCGACGUGCCUUCCAGCGUGAUGAGGUGCAGGGCCCACACGGACUGCCGGGGCCAGAACCUAACUGUGGUUGCUGCGGGGACAAAGGAGAAGGAUAGCAUCUGCGGCCCCCCUCUGGUCCUCCCCGGGGCAGCUGCCUCUGCCGGCUCCAAGCUGGUGGAAGAUUGGAAUGGCCCUUCUCCCACUUCCAUUCCCCAAGGUGUGAAUAGGACAGAAGCCACACUUCCCGCCCCCACCAGACCAAAGGUGUUAAGCGCCGUCUCCCAGCCGCCAACCUCCCCCAACGUCACCUCAGGCCCCGCAACCAGGGAGGAGGACCGGACCAUCACCGGCCCCGGGGCCAGUGGCCACCAGCAAAACCAUCACCACAGCCACAUCCAGACGGGCCCGAGGCCGCUGCCCCCGCAGGAGGCCAUGGGCGGCGAGAGGUCCAACGUGCCAGCCAAAGUCCCCAAGAGAGGGUCCCCCCGGCAGACCGCGCACAGACAUUUCGACAUCAACGAUCACCUGCCCUGGAUGAUCGUGCUUUUCCUCCUGCUGGUGCUCGUGGUGAUCGUGGUGUGCAGUGUACGCAAGAGCUCCCGCGCGCUCAAGAAGGGGCCCCGGCAAGAUCCCAGUGCCAUUGUGGAGAAAGCUGGGCUCAAGAAGGCCACCGCCCCAUCUCAGAAUCGCGAGAAAUGGGUCUAUUACUGCAAUGGACACGGUAUCGACAUCCUGAAGCUCGUGGCAGCCCAGGUAGGGAGCCAGUGGCAGGAUAUCUAUCAGUUCCUGUGCAAUGCCAGUGAGCGGGAGGUGGCGGCUUUUUCCAACGGAUACACGGCAGAUCACGAGAGGGCCUACGCGGCCCUGAGGCACUGGACCAUCCGGGGGCCAGAAGCCAGCCUCGCUCAGCUGAUUAGCGCUCUUCGCCAGCACCGGCGCAACGAUGUCGUGGAAAAGAUCCGCGGGCUCAUGGAAGACACAGCUCAGCUGGAAGGGGACAAGCUGGCUCUGCCGACGAGCCCUGCUCCACUCAGCCCCAGCCCCAUUCUCAGCCCCGGCCCGAAGGCCGACAACGUGGCGGCCCUAGCUGUGGACCCAUCCCCUCUGGACAAAAACAAGGGCUUCUUCGUCGAUGAGUCGGAACCCCUGCUACGCUGCGACUCCACCUCCAGUGGGUCAUCGGCUCUGAGUCGGAACGGGUCCUUUAUUACCAAAGAAAAGAAAGACACGGUUUUGCGUCAGGUGCGCCUGGACCCCUGCGACCUGCAGCCCAUCUUCGACGACAUGCUCCACAUCCUGAACCAGGAUGAACUCCACGUGAUCGAAGAGAUCCCACAGGCAGAGGACAAGCUGGACAGGCUCUUUGAGAUUAUCGGAGUCAAGAGCCAGGAAGCCAGCCAGGCCCUCCUGGACUCAGUCUACAGCCACCUUCCUGAUCUCUUGUAAGACACCAAGGACUCCAGGGUCCCUCCGGGUCCCUUGGGGCUGAUGGCCCACGUAGUGGAGGCAGGGUGGGGUUUUUGAGAGAAUGCGGCCAGUAUUUCCUGCAAUAUUGGUUUCCCCUUUUCCUUGGACUGAUUUGUGAGGAAAGGGAUAAGUGUGCAAAGCCUUUCCCAGGUUUCACUUUUCUUUCUUGCAAAAAUCAGAAACCCUGUCUUUAUUUCCCUGGGCCCACUUUUUGCAUUUCCCAAUGUCCCUUGCACUUUAAAUUCUCAUGAACUGACCAUAAAUUCAGUGUGAUUUCCUGCACUGGAUUGGGAUGUUCUGAAAAGGUUUUUUGUUUUUUUUUCAAUUUAACAUCAUAUAUGUCAUUCCCAUUUCAAGUCUGGGACUCUUUUGACUCCCUCUUGCCCUUUCUUCCCUAUUCCCCUUAAUUUUCCAACAUAGUUCUAUUGUUUUAUUUUUUUUAAUUUUCCUCCCAGUGGAGAGAUGCAAGACUCCACAUUGGGUUGUACCCCCUACCUGCUUUUUCUUGAGUUACCUUUCUACAGCAUCCUAUUUGCAUAAUUCUCCUCCAUGGCCAAAAUCCGUCUGGCCCUGUGGUUUAUCGUACGGAUUUCACCUGGACGGUAACAUCUAGAACCUUCGACAUCACCCCUCCAGGCUUCACGACCUGAAAACGCCAUCUUGGUAGGGGGCAGAGGAGUAAUCAGAGAUCUUUUGACCUCACCAAGCUCCAGAAAGUCAAGGCACAGUCUUAAUAUUCCGAAAUGUUCCAGCUAUGCUUCUCAAAGCCAUCUUGGUUUUUCUACCUGCAAAAGCCGAGGGGUCAGCCGUUCCUUCUGUCGCACCUCACUUUUAUUCAGAUGGAUGCAGCUUUUUGAACUCUCGUCUCCAAUAUAUUUGCAAUGAUGAUGCUCCCAUUAUGAACGCAGUCUGUCAUGUGCAAAGGGGCUGCCCUGGGAGGGAGUGGGACUGAUAUGGGAAAAAAAGCCUUCACGUAUACUAAUUUAUUAAUAAAUAUUAGGUGUUUGUUACUUGA